UUUUGUGUUUUCAGAAGUCUGAUUUAGUAGUGCCUUGGCCAGGUAUCGUGAUAUUUUAUUUGUGCUGAAAUGUAAUUUUAUUUGUAUGUUAAUAAAUAAAGUUGCCUGGGGGUCAGAGCUAAUAACAAGCCACUUAGCAGAAGUCUGGCAGUGGUAGCACACGCCCUUAAUCCCAAUCACAUGGCAGGCGGAGUCUCUGUGUGUUCAAGGACACAGCCAUCAUGGAGACACACGCCUUUAAUCUCAAUACCAACCAUAGAGACCUGGAGAUCUGUAUAGACAGGCAGUGACGAGGAAGUCACGUGGUUGGAUUUAGAACCAAUGAGAAGGCAGAACAGAAAGGCAAUAAAAAGGCAGGUUACACAGGAGAACGUCUCAGUGUCUCAGGGGAAGGACGGCAGAAACUGGUAAGCUAAAGGCUAGUCGCUAAUGCUCUAACCUCUUGGGCUUUUAACUCUUUAUUUGGCUCUGUGUUUCUUGUUUAAUAAGACUGUUUAGAAUUACAUCUACAUUUAGCGGUCAGCUAGGUGGCUGUGCUUCUUGUUUAAUAAGACUGUUUAGAAUUACAUCUACAUUUAGCGGUCAGCUAGGUGGCGGUGUGCGGUGCAGACAUGGCUUACAAGAUCCCGCCUCGGUGGCUGAACUGUCCGCGGCGCGGCCAGCCGGUGGCAGGCAGAUUCUUACCUCUGAAGACAAUGCUGGGGCCAAGGUAUGACAGUCAAGUUGCUGAGGAAAACCGGUUCCAUCCCAGUAUGCUCUCAAAUUAUCUAAAGAGUCUGAAGGUUAAAAUGAGCUUAUUGGUCGAUCUGACAAAUACUUCCAGGUUCUAUGACAGAAAUGACAUAGAAAAAGAAGGAAUCAAGUAUAUCAAACUUCAGUGUAAAGGGCAUGGUGAAUGCCCCACGACUGAGAACACUGAGACAUUCAUUCGCCUGUGUGAGAGGUUUAGUGAAAGAAGCCCACCUGAACUUAUAGGUGUUCACUGUACCCAUGGCUUCAACCGGACAGGUUUCCUUAUAUGUGCCUUUUUGGUUGAGAAGAUGGAUUGGAGUAUUGAAUCAGCAGUUGAAACAUUUGCCCAAGCCCGACCACCAGGAAUCUAUAAGGGUGACUAUUUGAAGGAACUUUUUCGGCGCUAUGGUGAUAUAGAAGCAGCACCACCACCACCUGUCUUGCCAGAUUGGUGUUUUGAGGAUGAUGAUGAAGAUGGAAAAAAGGACUCAGAACCAGGGUCAAGCGCUUCCUCUGGUAACAGGAGAAAAGAACGGUUAAAGCUGGGUGCUAUUUUCUUGGAAGGUAUAACUGUUAAAGGUGUAACUCAAGUAACCACUCAACCAAAGUUAGGAGAAGUACAGCAGAAAUGUCAUCAGUUCUGUGGCUGGGAAGGGUCUGGGUUUCCUGGAGCACAGCCUGUUUCCAUGGACAAGCAAAAUAUUAGACUUUUAGAACAGAAGCCAUAUAAAGUAAGCUGGAAAGCAGACGGAACUCGUUACAUGAUGUUGAUUGACGGCACAAAUCAAGUUUUUAUGAUUGACAGAGAUAACUCAGUGUUUCAUGUUUCAAAUAUGGAAUUUCCAUUUCGCAAAGAUCUCCGCAUGCAUUUAUCAAAUACCCUUUUGGAUGGGGAAAUGAUCAUUGACAAAGUAAAUGGACAGGCUUUUCCGAGAUAUUUAAUAUACGACAUAAUUAAAUUCAAUGCACAACCAGUUGGAGAUUGUGAUUUUAAUAUUCGCCUGCAGUGUAUUGAACAUGAAAUCAUAAGUCCACGACAUGAGAAAAUGAAGACUGGGCUCAUUGACAAAACACAGGAACCAUUUAGUGUGAGACCUAAACAAUUUUUUGACAUCAAUGUUUCAAGAAAGCUCCUGGAAGGAAAUUUUGCCAAAGAAGUCAGCCAUAAGAUGGAUGGACUUAUUUUUCAGCCUAUUGGAAAAUACAAACCUGGUCAAUGUGAUGAUAUUUUGAAAUGGAAACCUCCCAGUCUGAACUCUGUGGAUUUUCGACUGAAGAUAACAAGAAUGGGAGGAGAAGGGUUGCUUCCACAGAAUGUUGGCCUUCUCCAUGUUGGAGGUUAUGAAAGACCCUUUGCACAAAUCAAGUUGACAAAAGAACUAGAACAGCACAACAACAAAAUCAUAGAAUGCAAAUUUGACAACAACAGCUGGGUCUUUAUGAGACAGAGAAUAGACAAAAGUUUCCCAAAUGCCUACAACACAGCCAUGGCUGUGUGCAACAGCAUCUUGAACCCUGUCACCAAGGAGAUGCUGUUUGAGUUCCUUGACAGAUGUGCAGCAGCUACCCAAGGACAGAAGCGAAAGUAUCUUCUGGACCCUGACACAGAGCUUGUGACACCCCCACCUCCCAAGAGACUGCACCGGCCAACCUAGUCCCUGCCUCUGACCUCAUGCUCAAGAGGAAAGAAGAAUGAGAAGAAUGCUGUUGCCUCAUUUACACAGCCAGAGAAAUUGAAGAGACAAAUGUGGCUUGGUACUGACACAUGUGUUUAAAGGAAAGACAUUAUGAGAGAGUUCUGUUAGUAAUAUAAAUUAGGAUAGAAAGUGAAUCAG